GGCCUCCGGCGUCUGCGCCACGGUGACUCUUUGAACGGGGUUGGCUUGGUUUUGUCACCUGUAAGAUGGUGGGCCUGGAGUGAACCCUUCAGUUCACAGGUGGAGAGACUGUGUUCCCCAAGCCUAACACCUCUCCCUCCAUCCAGCGCUGGCUUCGCCUGCUGGCGGGCGAGUAGAGUGCAGAUGGCGGGGGCUGGUACCGGGUCACUGUGUCUUUCCACCCUCGGGACCUAACAGAGCGGGUGGUCACCACUCACUGCGAAUGCGCAUUGGAGAGCUCUGGCACACCCAGCGCCAUGUCCCUAGCGAAGCUGGAGGGAAAUGCUUCCAUCCAGGCCCUGAAUGGCUGACCUCCAGUUGGCUCCAUAUCUGCCUGUGGGCGUUAUGUUCCCACAUAAUAAAACAGAGGCUGCGGGGCUCCACUCCGCCCGGCGAGACCCUUAUGAACAAGGUGACACCGCGCAGCCGUCCUCUGUGGGGCAUCGGAGGAACAAUGUCCGGGAGAGGCUUUUGAGCAGCAGAGAGCUGACGCGGGAGAACGUCUACACCCCGCCCAACCAGAACACGCGCUCCAAAGCCGGGGGCAGCUCCCCUAGCUGUGCUGAUGCUGAGUCAGGCAGGGGGCCCCAGGGCCAAGGACAAGGUUGGUUCGCUGCAUCGGGCCCUCCGUCCUGGCAUCCCAAAGCAAAUAACCCAUACUUAGGUCCCUUCUCAAAGAAGGGAGUUGGGGUGGAUCGGGCGUACCCGCUGAAACCCAUGGUCCACCGGAAGUCUCGCAGUACGGGGGAGGCUGGCCCCGCUGGGAACCAGAGUGCCUACAUGAGCGCCUCUGAGCCGAGAGAGCUUCCACACAGCAACUUCACGCCAAGGAGCACGGUGAACCCCUCUGUGGUUGGUGCCGUCCUUGCCGCCAUGCAGGGCGAGAGGGCCGUGGCAAACCUCACCAGGCCUGAGUGGGUGCAGAUCCAGAGACUGGAAGCCCUGGGGGAGAGCUUAGAGGAGGAAAUCCGGAGAAAGGAGAUCGUCCUGCGGAACAAGCUGAAGAGGACGGAGGAGGAGCUCAGGAGGAUCCAGAGGGGCAAGGAGGAGGCCGAGGGGAACGCACACAGAGCGCUCCGGAGAAUGGCUCUCUCCCGGGGGAGAGCGGGCGGUGGUGCCAGCCACCCCGCGUGCAAGCCCGUCUUCCCCCCGGGAUUUAGGCCCGAGGAGGCGUCCAGGAGUGACAGAAGAGAGGAUGGAACUUGGAGACGGUCUCGAGAAAAUGCUGGUCUAUGCCAGUUCUCUGAUCAUGGAGUCCAGGAGCUGGAAAGGGAGAGGCUGGCGGCAAACAGUAACAAAAUCAAAGAUGGGGUCUCGGGGCCAUCCACGGAGAAGGUCUCUCAGUCUUCGGAAGCGCCGGACGGUGCUUUCCAGGGGCUCGGUACGGAUUCCGGCCUGUGCAGGGCACCGGGCUCUUCGGGUUCCAGCUGUUCUGAAGAGCCGGAACUGGGCCAGUGCAGCCACUGUGGACGCACGUUUCUCCUGCUGAGGCUGGAGCGACACUCCAACGUCUGCAGCAGGGUGCAGGGCUCCAGGAGGAAGGUGUUUGACUCCUCCAGGGCCCGGGCCAAGGGCACAGAACUGGAGCAGUACUUGAACUGGAAGGGGCCAGCCUCGGUCAAGCCUGAGCCUCCGCGGAAGAGCAACUGGAGACAGAAGCACGAGUCUUUCAUCCGUACCCUCCGCCAGGCUCGGGAGGUCCAGCAGGCCAUUGCCAAAGGCGGAAACCCCUCCGACUUGCCUCCCAUCCUGCCUGCCGAAAACCCGGACUACAUUCAGUGUCCUCACUGUAGCCGCCACUUUGCUCCCAAGGUGGCUGAGCGACACGUUCCCAAGUGUAAGACCAUCAAGAACCGCCCCCCGCCGCCAAGGAAGCAUUACGGAUCUGCCUGCAGAGAGAAAGUCGGUGAGGAGAGAUCCACUGUGGAGCAGGGGCAGCAGGGGACGCGCUAGCUUCCCACUGAAUCACCGCCGUGGACUGCUGUGCCUUCUGGCGUCGCCCUGAGAACGGCGGGCUGAAGACAGAAGACGGGGGAGCAGGGUAUAGUAAAGCUGUCUUCCUGCAA